GAGAGAAAGAGAGAGAGGAGAGAGAGGAGGAGGAGACAGCGUUUAUAUCCACGGGGAGAGCAUUGAUUUACCGCCAAGCAACGCAUAGCGCGAGCGUCGGAGAUGGUGAAACACAGCUCCUCAGCUGCGACUCUGAGCCCUGAUUCCAUGGGGUUGCAGGAAUUAUGGCGGGGGACGGAACACGGAAGGUGGUUCGUCUUCAUCUUCACCAGCUUCGCCCUUCUCUUCGUCUUCGUCUACCACUCUUUUUGGCGAGCUCUUGGGAGAAGAAGCGUUGGCCGUCGAGAUCACCAUGUUGGAGAGGCACCAAGAAUGGUUACUCAAAGCGAAAGCUCUUCUUUACGGCUGUCUAUUGUCUCGGAUGUGGAUUUGCGAAAUUUAAUGACUGAUUUGGAAGAUGAUUCCAGUAGGGACAACUGGGAACCUGUCAUAGACAAAAGGAACAAUCUGGUUUCCUACAAUGCAAAGUGCUUUAAGGCGGAGGGUGGUCCUUUGAAAUAUGUGAGUGAGACAACAUUUGAAAAAUGCUCUUCAAGUCUGUUGAGAGAUUUCUACAUGGACAAUGAGUAUAGAAAAGUUUGGGAUAAGACAGUUGUUGAAUACGAGCAGUUGGAGAUCAAUGAAGAUACUGGUGUUGAGAUAGGACGCAUGGUCAAGAAGUUCCCUCUUCUUUCACCAAGAGAAUAUGUAUUGGCAUGGCGUAUAUGGGAAGGGAAAGAUCAAGAAUUCUAUUGUAUUACUAAGGAUUGCAAUCACUCUUUGGCACCACAACAAAAGAAAUAUGUUCGCGUGAAAUCUUUCUUUUCUGGUUGGAGGAUUAGAAAAGUUCCUGAUAGAGAGGCCUGUGAAAUCAAAAUUGCUUAUGUUGAGGAUGCUGGUAUGAAUUCUGAGGUUGCGAAGCUUGUUUUUGCGAAGGGCAUCUGGAGUUACAUCUGUAAGAUGGAUUCUGCUCUUCGCAAGUAUCCGUCGACCAAUGUAGUUAGCUCAAGAUCAGAAUUGAGUGCUAUCAGGUUUAUGCAGAAGGUUCCUCCUUACCUAGAAACCCAGAGUGAAAUCUCACGUGCACCUGCCCCCGAGCUUUCAAGAAAAGAAGCAGCACGGGGAAAACUUCUUCAAAAGCCUUCAAAGAAGACAAUUACAAAGGGGUUGAUGUUAGUUGGCAGUGCCGUUGUUUUAGCAAGAAGUCAUUCUUCCCUUGGUGCCAAGCUUGCUAUGUUCUGCAUAGUGAACAAUCUGGUUAAGGGCCGGACUGCUGCAAGUAGAGUUGAGACAAACCAAACCGGGCCAAGUCGAGCAUCUCGAAUCAGGUCAAGCAUCCCUCAGUGGCCUGACAAAUAAUGUGCAGCAAUAGAUGCCUAAAGGAACUAUUAGUAUCGUCUGCUAAUUAACUCAAGCAUGACACUGGCAGCCAAUGGAAUUGUAAAUAUAUCUCCUCUAGAGUAUUCUUCAAGUUUUUGUGUCAUUAUGUUGGUUGCUGGAUGUGUGGACUCAAACGAGGCAGAGGCAGGGCAGUUCCUGAUUUAUGGUGGUUGACAUCGGCAGCUGGGCUUCUGUCUUUGCUCUGUGUUGUGUAGCUCCUUGUAAAUGAUAUCAUGGCUUUACUUGAGUUGAAUAUAUGAAGCUUGCUGUAAAGUUGAUUCUCUUUAAGCAGUUCACUCUUGCUUGGACUGACUACAUUAAAGAAUGAAGCUUUGACGCCUA